CUUCCCUUUCUGAUCUAUUCGAAAUCCUAGUAGAAGUGGCAGAAACUAGAUCUGCGUUCUUUUUAUUCGCAUUCAACGAUAUAUACAGCUCGUUGGUUCUUAUCAGCAUUCACCUAAUCAAAUCCGGCUUGUCCAAAAGAUAUCAUGGCUCCGGCGAUAGUGACCGAAAGUGGUAAGAAGGAAAUUCAGUACGCAGAUGUUGCUGUGACUUACACAGCCGAUGAGUUCCAAGGAAUCUACAGGGGCAGAAAAUACCACGAGCCAGACUUUAGCGCAGUCCUCAACCGUGCUCAAGAUAUUGGUUGUUCAAAGAUCCUCUUGACGACCAUGACAAUCAAAGGCGCUCACGAGAACCUCGAGGUCUGUAAGAAAUACCCUGAGACGUGCUACAUGACACUGGGCGUACAUCCAUACCACGCUUCUGAGCUUUACCAAGGAGGAGACCAGGUGACCAAGCUCAAGCAACUUGGCAGGGAGUUCAUCGCGACGAACGAACGGGCAUUCGUCGCAUUCGGAGAGAUCGGAUUGGAUUACGAUAACCUACACCGAGCGGAUAAGGAGUCUCAGCAGCGCGCCUUUCGAGAUCAGCUAGAGCUUGCUGUCGAGUUUCAAUUGCCGCUAUUUCUCCAUGUGCGUGCUGCAUGCGAUGAUUUCAUAUCUAUCAUCUCGCCAUACUUGCCCAGAUUGAGGACGCCAGGUCUUGUCCACUCGUUCGCGGGAACUAAACACGAGAUGCUAAGGCUCGUCGGAUUAGGGUUCCAUAUCAGUGUCAAUGGUGUCAGCUUCCAGUCUGAAGAAUUACUAGAUAUGGUGAAGUAUAUUCCGUUGACGCAUCUACAAUUAGAGACAGAUGCGCCAUGGUGUGAGAUUAGCCCUAAGAGUCCAGCGAUGAGGUAUCUUGUAGAUGCAAGUCCACUGCCACCGUCCAAGAGGCAUGGGAAAUUCGUCGAAGGACAGAUGGUCAAAGGGAGGAAUGAACCAUGUACAAUAGAAAGAGUUGCCAGAGUAGUAGCGGGAGUUAAGGAGGUGCCGUUGGAUAAGAUUACGGCGGUCGCAUGGAAAAAUAGCGUCGGGAUGUUCAAUCUAGACAAUUAA